CUGGAAACCAGGAGCUACCAGUACACAUAGCAGACAGAGCUUUGAAGCUGUGUAAAGCAAAUAUUCUCUGAGUUUUCUCUCCUCGAUGGAUUGCUGCCCUAACUAGUCUCAUAAGCCCAGAACUUUAAAAGAAUGGCGGGUCAGCAAAUGUCUUUGACUGACUUGUUUAACGACCCGCCAUCCAACAAACCAGAAUCGUAUAUGUAUAAAUAAGACUGGAAACCAAGAGCUACUAGUACACAGACCAGACAUGGCAGCGAUAGACACAGUGUAAUGCAAACUUGUCCCACUGGAGGAAGAGGCUUUAGAUGGGGCUUCGACAACUAUUUUUAUCAUAAUGAAGAAUCAUGUUACUAUGCUAUAUUGUAUCAAUUUGCACACUGAUACUAUCAGCAGCUAUAUUGAUAUACACGAUUAAAACACAAAAAACACGUUAUAAAUUGUCUUCAACUCUUAUCACACAUUUGCCAGUACAUCUGGUAGACAGAUCGACUGCAGACAUCAAACAAUACAAUCACGUGCAAGCUCACGUUAAUCUUCAACCGUCACCCAGGUUUCCAGGAACAGAGAAUUCUAUUGACCUUACGUUCAGCUCUACGCAACAUUCCAUUCUAUAUAUAGACCAAAGUACGAAAGGACUUGUUCAAAUUAGCAGCGGUGUAGAUAUAACACAAGAAGGAAUCAAAAUUUCAAUUUCUGGAAUUUACUACGUAUAUAGCAACGUUAACUUUAAACCCAACUCUACCCGGUCUUCGAAAGAUUUCACAUAUCAGGUAAAAAUGUAAUCUUAAAUUUAAACGUAUGAACUUUUAUACUGCGAUAGUCAAUUUAGAUGUGUAUUUCCAACACAAACGGAAUUUUCUAUAGAACUGAACAGCCGAUUUUCAACAUAAACAUUAUCCAUUACUAA